ACAUUGUUUCGUGGUUUCUCCUCAAUUGCUGAAGAUCGAGAUCAGGCGGCGGAACCCUUCUCGACUUGCAACUCCCGAACGCUGUUGUCAUUAUGACUUUUAAGAGAAGAAACGGCGGACGUAACAAGCAUGGUCGUGGCCAUGUUAAGUUUAUUCGCUGCUCCAAUUGCGGUAAAUGCUGUCCGAAGGAUAAGGCUAUCAAGAGAUUUCUUGUGAGGAACAUAGUUGAACAAGCUGCAGUUAGAGAUGUUCAAGAAGCUUGUGCUUUUGAACAAUACACUCUUCCAAAACUGUACGUGAAGAUGCAGUACUGUGUUUCUUGUGCAAUUCACUCGAAGGUUGUCAGAGUUCGCUCAAGGGUUGACAGGAGGAACCGUGAACCUCCAAAGAGAUUCUCUCGUCCAAGAGAUGAUCUUCCCAAACCUGGUCAAGCACCCCGCCCAGGUGGUGCUGCUGGCCCAGCUCCUGUGCGUACAUGAAGAUGAAGAUAAAGAUGAAGAUGCUGAUGAUUCUCUAUGAAUGAUUAUUAGCCUUGAAGUUAAUUUUGGGUAUGUUUUUGUUAUGGCUUCUUCAUUUAGCUUUCUUUAGCCUAGCAUUGGUCUGGUGCAUGUUGUCAAUGUUAUUCCAUGACAAGUAUUUUGGAAAUCUUUAAUUUUAUAAGAUAAUUUUGUUUGUUAUUUUUAUUCUGUUACAUAUAUUUGUCUUCGAGUUUAAAUCGGGAAAAGAUCUG